AUGAUUGACCCGGUGAACGCUCUCGGAGCGGCCUCCGCGUGUAUUCACUUCGCGAAGUUUGCGUGGAGUGUCGGCGAUGCGCUGUACAAGCUCGUGUCUGACACGCGAUACAUCAACGAGACGGUAGCGAGCCUUGCGCGCGAGGUCAAAGGGCUUGGAGACGCUUGUAAUCUGGUACAUCAAGAGCUAGAUGAUGUGCUGCGCACUUCUAGCGGUGGUGCGAACGAGCAAUACGACAAAGGGGAACGCCUUUGGAGAAGCGUAGGCAGCGCAAUCGGAGCAUGCGAAGAGACCGUGAAGCAGUUACAGCGCAUAGUAGACGACGUCAAGCAAGAGCACGAGGGAUUCCUGCGCCAAGCAGGCCGACAGAUCCGACUGAACACACAUAAUGAGGAAAUGGAGGCCAUCCGCAAGCGGAUCUCGACCCACACGCAAAGCAUGGGAAUGAUAUUGCAGAUGGUCAACAUCAAAGUUGCACACCUCGCGCCCCAUCAUGCUACCAAAGACCUCGCGCUCAAGCUGGAUGCGCUCGAAGCGACGAUCCAAAAGCUGCAAGACUCUCUCAGGACUGGCGGCCAGCAAGGUUUCCAAGCGGAUGCGGGCUUAGACAUCGUCGGCUGCGCUGUGGAAAUCAAACAGAGAGGUACUACACUCUUCGAAGCAAGUGUCGCAGGGUCAGUCGUAGGUGGACCGGAGUUAGCGCAACGCAAUCUGCGAGUCGCAGAGUGGACCUCCGACAUUGAGCUUCUACGACGGGAUAAGGGGUCCACUUCCUCCGCCCCAUCAGACUCUGACACCUACUCGCCCACAAUAUUCUCCAGAGACGGUGCCGCUACUCUUACAACUUUAGCCACAUCGCCCAGCAGCCAAGGGUUCGGUUGCGACGACUGUACCGUUAAGGAGCUCGAGGUAAUCGAGGAUCAUGAGGACGAGUUCUCGCUUGAUUUCGCCCUGGAAGCUCUCACAGCGGGCAAUCAAGCAUUCGAUGAGCAGAAAUGGGCGGAAGCGGAAUCAUGCUACAUGGAGGCCCUCGCCGACCUUCGUCGCCUACCAGCGCAAUUCAGAGCCCAACGCGAUGUCUGCGACACUUUUGAGCUGCAGUACAAGCUUGCCAUAUGCGCCUGUCACACCAAAGAGCCGAUCGUCGCGCGCGAUGCCUUGAUCGGCGUCCUCGGGCAGGCUCCAGCAUCCGACGAACACAGACGUUGGGUGUGCAACGCCGGCACGAUGCUGUCCAAGUUGUACAUCCAACUGGGUGCUCUUGAGGCUGCACGGUCCUCAUGUGAGAGUGUGCUGAGAGAACUCAGCAAGCUUGUAGGAAAAGAGCACGACUCAUACUACGAGUCCUUGAUUGUAUUGGCGCGGAUUUGGAUUCUGAUGGGCAAUCCUACACGGGCAAGAAUCUACUUGCGCAAAGUCCCCGAAGCAAGAAGGGGGCUUAUUCUAGAAGAGCUGGAAGCUUCUCCGUUGCCUUCGCCGCAAGCUGCCACUUCCGCAGUGUCUGAAGAGUCACUGACAUUGAGCCCACGCCUCCCUGCCUACCAAGUCCGUCGUCAAAACACCGAUGGCGUAGCAAUGGAGGCCAUUACGACUUGUACUCCCAACGUCUUUCGUGCAGAUUCGGUUCGCGAUAUUGCACACACACCCUCCAUACUGGAUACCGCUUUGGAACCCCGUAGACUGUCUGAGAUUCAGCAGAGCCCUCGCUCUCGAGACGCUCGUUUGUCUAGGGUUGAUCAGCCCCCGCGCAAGCCAUCGGUACCAGAUGCAGCCCCAGACCGUUCAGUUGAUACUGGUAGUGCUCCGUACACGAGCCUCGGCGAUAUCGUGUUGCCUGCCGUCCAUGCGCCACACGGCGGUACCGACAAGAUCAUCGUACGACAGGAGAGAUCGCAUAGCAACCGCCAUCUACCCUUCAGCUCACGACAGCGCAUGGAUACCGCUACGCGACAAUUGCUGCUUGAUCGCUUGCAUUGGCAACCACGCAGUAAUUUGGAAACCGCAAUCUGUGCUGGAAGGGUCGACGAAGCCUUAUCUAUAAUAAACAACUGGACAGCUGCCGGAGAGGCGAAAGUGGCAGCAUCACAUCUACAUUUCGCGGCUCUUUUUGGCGACGACGACGUUGUUAUCGCUCUCUUGAGGCAAGGCGUACCGGCAAACAUGGUUCGUACCACGUCGGAACUGGAAAACACUGUCCACCAUCCGAGAUUCUCAAACGAGUUGCCCAUGUUCUUCCGCCAUCACUUGGAACCUGGAUACGUGGGGUCCGGAUGCUUAUACAAUUACUUACCUCUUCAUAUCGCUUCCGAGAUGCGCUGGCAUUCUACCGUGCGACUAUUGACAACAGACGGCCCCGGUGGCAGUGAUCCAACCUACGAUCGACAAUUCGGGGCCUCGCCAGGAGAACGACAACAUGAGCUCACGUGGAACUACCACCCAGUGCUCCGCCUGUUCGACAAAAGAGGAUGGUUCGGGAUCCAUUCACCUAGAGAUCCGCAAGAGUUCAUUGCCGUUAUCGACACCAUCAUGGCAUGGUGGACAACAUCCUGCGCGUCAGACGGGUGCAAGCCUAAGGUGCUCGAACAGCAAGUACGUGAGGUUUCGGAGCAAAUGUUGAAGGCCGCAGUGCUACUACCCGCCAAACCCAGGAAUCUGCGCAAGGCCGUGGUCGAAUACAUCAUUCAACGUUCUGAUAACAGUGCGAGCAGGGCAUCUGGCGAGAUUCUACAUCUCGCGGUAAGCGGCAAUGCUCCUGAAGUCAUCCCGUUACUUUUGCGCAAACAGCGCAGUGAGCAGCUCAAUGCAAAGUGGCUAGACAGAGACACAGACGUUGCGCAAGACGCUCUAUGCUAUGCAGUCAGUCGCGCAGCAAUGGCAGACUCGGGCGCACCGGAGUACGCGCUCGACUGCGUUCACGCAUUAAUGACAGCAGGCGGCAAUCCGCUUUCGGUUAACAAAGUCCGCAGGGACAAUGUUCCACCCCGGGCCAGAGGACGGAACGUACUUGCGUAUCGAGUUGUGACGACCCCAUGUAAGAUUGCUGAGGCGUCAGGAAGGCAGGAUCUUGUCGACGCUCUGUCACGAUAG